AAUCUGGAACCCUCGCGCCGCCUCCGCACAAACCAGAGCGAGUGGAUCAGUGGAGAAGACAACCUCGUGCACACCGGGCUGCCCGCACUCACCGGAGAUCCUUCUCAUGGACGCUGCGGGCAUGUAAUUCUUGCUGGAUGCAGUUGACAGAUUCCAAGUGAGAGAGGAAUUCGCUGACAACCUAGAGCAGCCGGAUCCCGUUCCAGUUCAUUACCUGCUGGAGAGAGAAAGUCAGAUAGGAUAUGUGGGUGGAGCAGAUUCAGAUGGUGAGUCUGCUCUGGCUGAAAAAAUUGGGGGAGAUGUAGAUGGUGUUGCGGCAGUAGGAUCUCGCCGGAAAAAUGUUGUCUCACCUACGAGGUCGGCGCAGUCGACGGACAGGGUGAACCCAGAGGCACCUAGAUGGACAAAACGGCUUAGUCUUGGCAGUGCGCCGCCGAACAGGGUAGCAUGCCCAUCCCGGAUGAGUGCCCUGGAGCUUUCGAUGCGCAAGUAUCCUGAGCAGCCUGACAAAAGUGUUGUUCGACCAAAGCUAGGCCUUAGCUUCGACUCUUUAGGCGAGGCAUAUGACUUCUACAAUCUAUACUCGUGGGAGAUAGGGUUUGGAAUAAGAUAUGGGAGGAGCCGCCUAAAUGCUGAAAGAACAAAGUGCAUGCAGGAAAUUGUGUGUGGCUGCUCGGGAAACCAGAGGCUGAGAACAGCAGUUCAUGUAGAUGUGAAUGCCCAGCGCUGAUCAGGCUUCUUCGUGCAUCAGAUAACAACUGGUACAUUACUGAACACCGCGAGAGCCACAACCACUUGAUGUCACUAACAAUGGGACAGAAGGUGCACUGGCCAUCGCAUAAACACAUAGAUGUGUACAUAAAGGACUUGAUAAGGCAGCUUAGGGAAAAUAAUGUGAAUCUGGGAAAGGUCUACAGUAUAAUUGGAAGCUUCUUCGGCUCGGUUGAAAAGGUGCCCUUCACGAAAAGGACUCUUAGGAAUAUCUGUGGGAAAAUUAGCCGCGAGCAGGCCGAUGAUGAUGUGUGGAAGACAUUGGAAGCGUUUGCAGACAUCCGUACAAGUGACCCUGGGUUCACAUAUGUGGUGCUAGCAGACAAAUCCAGCAAGGUGAAAAAUUUGAUGUGGGCUAAUGGGAGCAGCCGAAUGCAGUACAAGUUCUUUGGCGAUGUGGUGACAUCUGACACGACAUACAAGACGAACCUGUACGACAUGCCAUUUGGUAUUUUUGUUGGAGUUAACAAUCAUUACCAAAGUAUAAUAUUUGCAGGGGUCUUAAUGCGAGAUGAGCAAGAAGAUAGCUUCGAGUGGGUAUUUGCUGAAUUUGUACGUCUGAUGGGUGGACCGGCACCACGAACCAUAUUGACGGACCAGUGCAGAGCCAUGGAAUUAGUGAUAAGUAAGGCGUAUCCAGGGACAGUACACAGGUGGUGCAAAUGGCAUCUCCUAAAGAAGGUGAAAGAAACAUUGGGGCCACUUUACACGAAGAAGAGUGAUUUCCAAGUAGAAUUCCACAAGGUUGUCAACCACAUGUUGACUGAAGAAGAGUUUGAAGCCGCUUGGAGCCAGCUGCUGGAUAAGUACAACCUGAGGAGUCAUGCAUACAUGACUCAGAUAUAUGAAACUAGGAGAAAAUGGGCGAAGCCUUACUUCAGGGGCGUGUUUUGUGCAAAGAUGACGAGCACGCAACGGAGUGAGAGCGCAAACCACCUACUGAAAACUUAUAUGCCGCCAGCAAGCCCGAUGCAUGUUUUUGUGAGGCAGUACACGAGGUUGCAGUUUGACCGUGAAGGAGACGAGAGCUACGAAGAGAAGCGGACCAUGAUUGGAGGUGCUGUGAGACGAACAAACCUAGCCAUAGAACGUCACGCAAGCAAGAUAUACACCAGGAGUAUGUUUGAGGAAUUUGGACGCCUCCUAGUGGAAGGAACAACAUACAAUGUAACUGAAGUUGAAAAGCUACGGAAAUACAGGACCACCCACAACAAUGCAGAAAAAAGGGAGAAGUGGAGCAGAGUUGAGUAUGAGGUUACAAUAAAUGAAGAAAAAUCUAUAUUUACAUGUGAAUGUGGCCAGUUCGAGCACACAGGGAUGCUAUGUUGCCACACAUUGAGGGUGAUGGAGAUCCUGCAUCUUGAUGAGAUACCGAAGCACCACAUUGUUAAGCGAUGGACAAGAGACGCAAGGGAUAUAUUGCCAGAGCAUUUGGUCCAGUACCAAAAGGACAACUCAGUGAACUUAUCAUUCACAUGUAGGCAUGCAACACUGUACUUGAGAGCCAUGGAGGUCGUCCGGAUGGGUGAUGCAAGUGCUGCAUGUUAUGAGCAUAUGCAUGCAGGGCUUGGAGCUCUCCUGGUGAGUGGGGCACCGUUGGCCGCGAGUAGGGAUGGUCUGGCAUUUGAGGAUAGAUCGGUCGAAAGAGCUGAAGCAAGGAGCAAUGGGAAUGUGCAGAAUGCAACUGAUAUGGGUUUUUCACAGCAGUGUCACAGUGCUGGGCACUCUGGCAGUGUCAAUGGCCUCCACGGCCUCGAAGCCCAGAGAAGCAAAGAGGCGCAGGUAGGCCGACGAACAGCAGAGACAAAGCCCCAUACGAAGGUUUAAGCAAACGAAACAGGUUUUGCAGUAUUUGUCGGCGUGAAGGGCACAAAAGGACGACAUGUCCGGAGAGGGGGGACGCACCGAAGAAGCCGAGGAAGCCAGCAAAAUGCAAGAACUGUGGAAUAGAACGUCAUCGACGAAACAUGUGCAAGUGGCCACUCGGAUUAGCAGAGCAGUGACACUCCCAAUAUGAAGCAGGGGAAUCCCCGCUGUGGUAUGAAACAUCAUUUCUACAGGGUUUUGAGCCAGGCUUGGGGUUGGGUUGGGGGCUCUGGUGCAUUUGUUUGAAAUGAUGUAAUCUGAGGGCCUGAGAAACCAUGUAAAAUGAAAACCUGUGGUCAAAUUAGUUCAGUGCGUGGGCACGCUGAUAAACAGAUGUACGAAACAUGCACUCUGGUUUUCCCACUUUACAGUAUCUUGUUUGUAUUUGAA